AUGCCACCUCCAAAGCGCAUUCGCACAAGGCCGUCGCGGAGUCGCGGCUUGCGGACGAAGACUGGAUGUAAAACAUGCCGAAAGAGGCAUCUGAAAUGCGAUGAGACCCGGCCAAUCUGUGUUUAUUGUCAACGUGCUGGGCGGCUUUGCGAGUAUCCCGAUCUCAUUGGGCCUGAGCAACAGCAAAGCAUUGUGGAGCCAAGGAAUAACGAUGAACCAUCCUUUGCUUUGCAUUCAGCCAAUAAUACGACGCUUAAUCUUGUAGAUGAUAUUGCUGUAUGCAUUCCGGAACAAGGAGAGAAGCAACAACUACAGCAACCAACGCAACAGCUUCUAGAGCCGGCCUUUGUGAGAUCACCUUUAACCGUAUAUUCACACCCCAGCCCAGAGUCAGAUCGCCAUGCUCUUCAGAAUCAGGGCAGCUACAGCUCAGCAAAUGCUGAAUCACUAGGUGACGCUGCAUACAAUGAGACUAGUCCGCACAACAUCUCAGUUACGUCGGAUUAUUCCAGAACUGGAAUUGAUGACGCAACUGCACUUUGGUUCGAUCUUCUCGCUGGAGAUGCUAGGCUGCAAUUUGAAGAAAAUCAAGGAAUCCCUCCAGACGCCCAACAGUCGGAGUUGCAUGUGGAUGAUGCCGACUUCUCGUGGAAGUGUGGUGUACCACAAAGCCUUGACCCGAAUUUGGGAGGAAGACCUUGGACGUCCCAUUCGACGCUCGUACUCAGUUCUCACGAAAUCCGAAUCUUUGAACAUUUUGUCCACAAUGUAGCUUCAUGGAUUGACCUCCUGGAUCAGUGUCGGCACUAUUCAAUCCUGGUUCCUCGACUGGCCUUGCGCAAUGUUGGCCUUCUCAACGCCAUUCUAGCUCUCUCAACUCGUCAUCUUUCUCUAAAUCGCCAUCUCAGCGAUGGAAUUGUAUACAGCCGCAGCGAGGCAUUGCAAUACUACCAUGCUACCCUUAAGUACGUUCACAAGGCAAUGCAACACGAUGACUACAAUACUAGCGACGAGCUACUUGCAACUGCGCUCAUAAUUUCUGCAUACGAAAUGCUCGACGGCGGUCAGCGUGACUGGGAACGGCAUCUGCAGGGCGUAUUUCGCAUACAGAGAUCUCAAGUUAUCCACGGUGACUCGGGAGGCCUUCGAGGCGCCACGUGGUGGGCAUGGCUAGCCCAAGACUCCUGGGCUGCAUUUCGCGAUAAACGGAAGCCCUUUACUUUCUGGCGGCCCCAGAGAGUGCACUUUAAACAGAUGGAUCCUUGGACGCUUGCUGCAAGAUCACUGUUCUUGUUCGCAAAGGUCGUACGAUAUUGCGCCCAGAAACCGGAGCAUGCUGUUGAUGAUUUUAGCAUAAUGACAGAAAACGCAAAUAUCUUAACAGCAUUGCUAGAUGACUGGAAGGAUAGCCUUUCCAUUGACUUUGAUCCUCUUCCUACAACAGCUGACCACGAAAAUGUUGUCUUCAAAACUAUUGUGAUCCAUCCGCCUGCAUUUGCUGUUUCCAUGCAACUUCAUUACGCAGCAAGGAUCCUACUCAAUCUUCAUCGACCACUUUUGGGGGGCAUUAACGUGUUUAUAGAGCAGCAGAAGCAUUUGAGAACUUGUGCUAGCUACAUUUGUGGCAUUGCCAGGGGUCUUACAGAUGGAGCUUCUAGCAUUCUAAGCUCGCAGUGUCUCUUCAUCGCCGGUACAUGUAUCAACGAUAUUCAGUCUAGGGAAGAGAUCACCAUGUUACUACGGACAUGCCGGGCCAGAGUUGGCUGGCCAGUACAAUCGCUGGAAGACGAACUCAAGGGCAUUUGGCAAGUGUAUUGA